AUGUCCUCCUACGUCGCACAUGAUUUGGAGUCCCGCAAACGCCAUCUCCGACAGCUGGCGGCGAAGCGACGAGAAUUGAUGGAAGCUUUGGAGAAUUUGGAAACCCAAAUCUACAACUUUGAAGCCUCAUACCUCCAAGAAACCAGCGACCUCGGCAAUAUUGUGAGAGGUAAGGGAUUUUCACAUUGAUUUUUGACGUUUAGAAUGCUGUUUGAGAAUGAAAAUUAAAAAAAAAUUUUUUUUGAAAUUGUGAAAAAUUCCAAAUUUUCACAAAAAAAAAUCGGCGAUUUUUCCAGGAUUCGACGGCUACGACAUUGCCAACCCAAAUCCCAUCCCCGCGCCGCCGCCAAUCGGCCAAAAGCGCGCGUUCACGGAGGAGGAGCGCAUCUUCUCCUUGUCCUCCACCACUUCCCCCGUCUGGGAACGCAUCAAAGACCCCAACUUUAAGAUCCCAAUUGAGCCAACAGCCCCGGCCACCGCCAAAUCCACCGACAUUUCCACCCCACCCAGCUCGGCACCCCCAACUCCGGGCCCGGCGCCGAAGAAGAUGAAAUACGCGAAGAAUGAGGAAGAAGAAGAGGAAAAACCCGCAACCAAGAAGAUUAGAGGCCGAUUGCCAAGGAGAAAACGAGCCGGCAAGGAGUAG